CAUGAAUACGGAAUUUGAUAGUAUUUGAUAGCACGUGUGCAUAUAUAUAACUGUGAUGCGGCCAUUGGUAUAAGAUCUCCAUCGAGCAAAUUUUUAGAGUUGCACCGGUGAGUCUUCUCUUCAAGCGAAUUGAAGUCACGAAAAUCUCAGAUAUAUAACAAUGGCAACGUUAUUACGAUACGUUAGGCAUUUAACACAAAAUCGUACUAUUACGAAAUGGAUAAAUAUAAGUCAAAGCAUUGUUGAAUCGAACGCAUCACGACUGAGGCUCCACAAUCAACGUGUAACCAACUUAACCAGAAAUUAUGCAACCAGAGCAGUUGAUCGCCAGGCUGAACCUAUUUACAGUUUUGAGAAGUCUUUUCAGACUCUUGAAGUACAGCUGAGACGAUCUGGGAGAACGAAUAGAGCGGAUAUUGAAAGGAUACUUGGGGAAAUACAAUUAGCAGGAACUGUUCCAAGCCUUGAGGCACUACUGCUUAUUCGUUGUUGUGGAAGGCCUAUGAUCGACCAAAAUUCCAAAGAAGGUGUUCAGUUGGUGCAAGAAAUAUGGGAUACACUCGAAAGAUUGAAAAUUCCCAUGGACGUGUCCCACUUCAAUGCGCUCCUCAACGUCUACCUGGAACGCCAUCACUCUUUCUCUCCCGCCGAGUUUCUUCGAAUGAUGGUGGAAAAACAGAUAGUGCCAAAUCGCGUGACUUACCACCGCCUAAUCGAAGGUUACUGCCGCAAGGGUGACAUCGUUAACGCGACUAAGGUAAUCGACAUGAUGCGCACGAACAAUUUACCACUCUGCGAAAACGUCUUCAAUUCUCUCAUAACUGGUUACUCCGAGGCUAAUGACAUAGAAAAUGCAGAGUCAACCUUAGAAACGAUGAAAUCCACUGGGAUUGAACCGUCAGCUGACACCUACGGGGCCCUCCUUUGUGCCUACGCAAAACGUGGGGAUAUGUCCUCGAUCACCAAAACCAUUGCAAAGUUGGAAUCGCUAGAGAUAACAUUACUCGAUCAACAUCUGAUGGACAUAAUCGAAACAUUAGCAACUAACGGGCACAGCGACAAAGCUGCAGAGUUCUCUCUGGAACUUCCGAAAGAAAUAAGACAAGAUACCGAAGUGGGUCGGCUCCUUGUGAAGCUUAUGGAGAUUAAACAAACCAAGCUCGCACUAGAAAUCCUUAAGAAUACGACUACAGAUGCUGCCAGGCUCCAAGUUCGUACGGGUUUUCUGUUGCGAGCAGCAGCAACCAACAAACUAUUCACUAAUGAUGAGUUAGUCACUUUUUGCACUGUCCUAGAAGACGAGGGACUCCACCCAAGACCUUUCUCCAUCGCACUUUACCACGUUCUCUCACGGAAUGCAAACCCCAGUGUCGUCAUUCCCCUUAUGAACGCUUGGAAGAAGCGAGGAGGACAAAUAAGAGAACACUACUUUUGGCCUGUGCUGCGAACUGAGGCUCGUGCCAGCAAUUACCAAGGCAUCAUUGAUGUUCUCAAAUCAAUGGUCGACGACUUUAAAAUAAUUCCAUCUGUGGAUACUUUACGAGACUACACGAUUCCUUUUAUGUUUGGAACAUGGGAUAACAUAAUAGGUAAGCUCUUACCUCUGGGUAUUCAAAAACCCACGAUUUUGCAGGCGAUUGCUCACCGAUCGAUCAAUGAUAAGAAAUUAAGGAAUGCUAUGAUGUUCAUGAGGUCUUAUCCGAUUAAAUAUUCCAAGGAUUUGUUUUUGGAACCCAUGGCAUUCUCCUUGAACAUGUGGGACGAUACGAAAUCGUUUGUCACCAUUCUAAGAUUCUUAGGAGAUGAAUGCACGGAAAAUCCUGAACAUAAUGUAAAUAAUAUUCCAAUUAGUAUUUCCGAUGAAGCAAUGGCGGCUGUUCUAUCAACAAUCCCCAAGUAUCGACCAAACAUAGUGGAGAAGUUACUUCAUGAGUUCGAGGCUGCAGGUCUUAGCAUCUCCUCUGAAGUAGGAGAGACUGUGAAAUCCUUCUUCGAACCCCACAAAGCUGCAGAGCUUGAUCACCUUAUCUCUAAACUGACCUCUGGGGAGUUGAUCCCAGUUCCAAUGGAAGAAUACAACUCCUACCUCAAGGAUAAGAACAAUGAUUACAUCAAGAGGCCAACGGGAGUGAACGUAUCGGACUUGAGAAUCCAAUUCGCUUAUCAUCUGGAGAAUAAGAAUGAGGAAAAGAUCUUAAAAAUCCUACGACAACUUCAAGCAUUAGAUUAUCAAUCUCCACCGGUUUUGGCUCAAUCACUUGAGUUAUUUUGCUCCACGGAGAACCUUGAAGCAGCUGAGUACUGCUUUAAUCAGUUCAAAGAGCAUUGCCAUGAGGUAGGCCUCGAUACAAUGAAGACAUUAAGCUUUGCCACACUUUUGGUGAAGAAAGAUCGUCUCCAAGAUGCUAUGAUGGUCCUCGCAGAAGCCUCAGUGCUGGAUGAAAAUGAAAAAUUCUCACGAGGGCUCAAAGGUAAAGUCAGAUCACUGCUGGAGUCAAUUGCUGAAACCCAACACGUCGAAAAUACUCAUCAAUUAUUCAACUUACUCAAAUCUAAGAACUAUAUCGUCUUCGAUAAUUACUCGCUUGGACCUUUAGUGAAGGUGCAUCUACUUAGAAAGGAAAUAGAUAAAGCGAUGGAGAUUUUCGAGCGUUUCUCGAAUGAGUACAAAUGUACUCCAUACAAGAACGUCCUCGCAUCAGCUUUGAUCGACGCUGAGGAUGCAAAUUCUCUUCAGCGACUGACAGACCUCUGUACAGAGAUUCAUGGAGAAAGUAAUGCAUUAGUGGAUCUCGCAAUGCUUUUUCUAGAGGCGGGGAGGCCUAUCCAAGCAAGAAAAAUUCUUGAGACCUCUGGUAUUCAAAUAUUCAACGAUAAAAUCACAAGUGCAGUGAGGCACUUCGAUAUAACUGGAAAAUUAGAUUGUCUCGAGUUGUUAUCAAAGAUCUCGAGAAGAGUUGUAAGGAUAGACCGAGGACAUUUAUAUAAUUCUCUUCUCGAGGUUUAUAACAAUAGAAACGAUUGGCAGAAAGGUUUAACUCUGUGGACAGAGAUGCAGGAGAUCGAUGUCCAGCCGACUAAUUACUUCCUCAACACCCUAAAUUCACUAUUAACGAGAAAUGCACAACCAGUGCCUUUUGUUAGUGAAGAUUUUGCAGCAUCUCGAUCUCUUUCUCCAGUACAAUCAGUACGUAAUACACGCAGACAGAGAUUCAGAAACAUUUAUGAUGGCGAAAAAUUCAAUCAAGCUUUGAACCGGAAGAACUGGUCUGGGGCUGAGGAUAUUAUCAGGUCUGAAUUGCGAGAAAGGAAAGAAAUGAGAUUCAUGUAUGCAGAGUUGAUUAAGGCGGUUCUGGAAACUGGAGAGGUCGAUAGAGCAACCGAUAUUGUACGAUCUGUAAUUCAAGAAUUUGCUGGAAUCCCCAAAAGGAUAUUCUCAUUAGUCUGUGAUGAAUUGCUUAAGAAGAAAAAGUAUAAGACUAUUGAGGACAUUGGCACCUGUAUGAAUGAAAGUCUUAAGGAUGACCUUAAUUAUUAUAAAAUAUUCUCACAUUGUCAAAUUCAAAAGUUUGGAAUUAGAAAAUAUCUAGAAGGACUCUCAGUUGAUGAAUCUCAGAAAGGCUCCAGAUCCUCUGAGAAGAAAAUCCACUUCGGAGCAAUCCUUCAGGGUUUGUUGGAGGACCCUAGCUAUCUGGAGGAAUACGAGAAGUGGGGAAGGAACAUGGCAGAUCGCCAGAUCUUCAGAGGAAUGCAUGUUUUGUGGAAUUAUCACUUUAUCAAGAAUAAUGCCAAGGCUGAGGAGCUCUGGAACGAGUUCAUCGUGCAUUCUAGCUCUCCGUUGGUGAGGCCCAUCGUAGAAGUGUCCGCCGAGAGAAAAGACCCAGUCUUGUUGAAGAAAUUGUUAAUGAAGUUAGAGUCACAUCCACGAUUGAAUAUCGGAACUAAGUGUAGAGUGAUUUCUGGUUUAAUCAGGGUUUAUAAUUCCAUGGAGCAGUAUGAGGAAGGACUAAAAGUUCUGAAUGAGGCAAGCAAACGAUUUCGACUCAGUUUGCUGACAUUAGACACUCUUCAGGCACUCAGGGAUGGAAUCGAGAAAUCUGGCAAGAACUUCCCCUUCAAUCUUGAUAAACAAGAUACUAGUACGGAGAGUGAACAACUACUGGAGGAGCAAUUACAAGAAUCUGGGAGGGCAUAGGAUGUUAGUGGUGGAGGACGAUUAAGUAUCAUUUAAUCUAAUCGCUUUACCCUUAAGAUACGAUGAAUCAUUAUAUAGAUAAAUAUAAAAUUUAUUGUCAACGUCGUUUCUCAUUCUACAGACUAGUUUUUGAUGUAUGACAAGCAAGCGAGUAUGGGACGACCAUUAAACUGUAUAAAAUUUA